UCAUCGUCAAUCACAUGGCAGAUGAAAGAAAAGACAUGUUUACGUACAAGUUCGGGAAUAAUCUAUAAUUUUUAUCCGCGUUAUUAUGUCUUUUAUCGUAAAUUGUUUCUUCUGGAUAAAUUGUAUCAAAAGUAUUGACAAAAUUACGCUAAUCCGUGCAAGAAAAACAUUCCGAUGUCAUAGAUUAUAACCUAUGUAUAAGUGUACACAAAAACAAAGUACCUUGUUAAUAAUCCUAUGAAUAAUGGAUAAGCGAAAUGCUUUACUUGUCUAUUGUAUUUUUAUUACUCUCCAGAGUAUUCAUGGGCUCCAUAGAAGCUUGAAAUAUUAUGAAACAAUUCAUAGCACUCAUUUCCAACAUAGGAUUGUAAAGCGAGGUAUUAAUCACAGUUAUAAUCCAUACAAUAAAAUAAGUGAGAUAGAGUUUUAUUCACAUGGACGUCAUUUUCGAUUAAUUUUAACACCUAGGAGAGAAGUUAUACAUUCCAACUUUAAAGCAUAUGAGGUCAAUGCUGAUGGAAAAGAGAAAACUAUACAUUUAGAUCAUGAUAAUUUUUACCAUGGUCGAGUGUUUGGAGAAAUUGAAUCUCAUGCUCAAAUGCAUAUCGACAAUGGUAUUCUAACAGGCAGUAUAACAACUUUGGAUGAAACCUAUCAUAUUGAACCAUCUUGGAGACAUCUUCCUCAUUUAGACAAUCAAACAAUGAUCAUUUAUAAAUCAUCUGAUGUUAAACUCAGUUGGGAACAUUAUAAAGAUGGUGAAGGCCACACACAUGGAGCUCCAAAGACCUGUGGUUAUAUCAAGGAAAAUUUAAAUUAUACUCUGAAUGAGGAGGAUGAUAUUGAGAAAAAUGACAUAAAAAAGGAUGAUAGCAGUAGUAGGAUAAAAAGACAAACAGAAACCUAUGAUUAUGCUCCAACAAAAACAAGAUGUCCACUAUUAUUAGUUGCUGAUUAUCGAUUUUAUCAAGAAAUGGGUGCCAGUAGUACAAAAACUACAAUUAAUUAUCUGAUAAGUUUGAUUGAUAGAGUACAUAAGAUAUACAAUGACACUUUAUGGAUGGAACAUAAAGAGGAAGAUGGUUUCAAAGGAAUGGGUUUCGUUAUUAAAAAAAUCGUCGUUCAUAGUGAGCCGACACGAGUGAGAGGUGGCGAAACACAUUAUAAUAUGGUUCGAGAAAAAUGGGACGUCCGUACAUUGCUCGAGGUGUUCAGUCGAGAAUAUAGCCAUAAGGACUUUUGUUUAGCUCACCUGUUUACCGAUCUUAAGUUUGAAGGUGGUAUUCUUGGAUUGGCUUAUGUAGGAUCUCCUCGUAGGAAUUCAGUGGGUGGUAUAUGUACACCAGAAUAUUUCAAAAACGGAUAUACAUUAUAUCUGAACUCAGGUCUAAGCUCCAGUAGAAAUCAUUACGGACAGAGAGUAAUUACAAGAGAAGCCGAUUUGGUUACAGCACAUGAAUUUGGUCAUAACUGGGGUUCUGAACACGACCCAGAUGUUUCGAGUUGCAGUCCAAGUGCAAGUCAAGGUGGUUCUUACUUGAUGUAUACUUACAGUGUUAGUGGCUAUGAUGUAAAUAAUAAGAGAUUUUCGCCAUGCAGUUUACGAUCUAUCAGAAAAGUCUUGCUAGCCAAAUCUGGACGUUGUUUCUCAGAGCCAGAAGAAUCGUUCUGUGGAAAUUUGAGAGUCGAGGGUGACGAAGAAUGUGAUGCAGGUCUCUUAGGAACAGAAGACAAUGAUCCAUGUUGUGACAAAAAUUGCAAACUUAGAAGCAAUAUGGGAGCAGUUUGUAGUGACAAAAAUUCGCCGUGCUGUCAGAGUUGUGCAUAUAUGCCUGCAGGCGUAAAAUGUCGUGACGCGCAAUAUGCUACUUGCGAACAGGAGUCGCGUUGCACUGGAACGUCCAGCGAAUGUCCAAGGUCUCCGGCCAUGAAGGAUGGUACUAAUUGUCUUGAACGUGGUCAAUGCCGCGGAGGCAAAUGUGUGCCCUAUUGCGAGACCCAAAAUUUACAAAGUUGCAUGUGUGAUACAAUUGGCGAUGCAUGUAAAAGAUGCUGUAGAAUGAGUUUGAAUGAAACAUGUUUUCCGAUAGACCCACAAGACAUUUUACCCGAUGGAACACCGUGCAUUCAAGGUUUUUGUAAUCAGGGCGCGUGCGAGAAAACAAUUCAAGAUGUAGUAGAGCGAUUUUGGGACAUUAUUGAAGACAUAAACAUCAACAAAGUUAUGCGUUUCCUAAAAGAUAAUAUAGUGGGUGCUGUAAUAAUCAUCACUACCAUCAUAUGGAUACCAGCAAGCUGCGUUAUUAGUUAUAUCGAUUACAGACGAGUUAAAGAGAGUGAGAAAAAAUGGCGAUGGAAACAUACAGAUGAACUCAUUCAUCCGGAUGAGCCGAGACAAGUGAUCUAUAUUGGUCAACGACAAAGAGUACAACAUGUCAUGCAUCAAUCCUGAAUCAUGAAACCAUGAAUCUAGAUGAUUUGCAUUAUGUAGAUUUUACCAUCUAGUCAAAAAAAUUCAUAUAGAGUGAUAUUGAUUUAGAAUAACUCAAUAUUGUAAAUAUGUU